ACACAGCAAAAUGGCAACGAUGGACGAGAUGGUCGAAGGAUGACGAAGAAGCGCAACGUUCGAGUGAUCGAAAAAGGGACGAUGGGACCAGUGCAUUGUAGAGUUUAGUGGACCAGUGUUAGGCGCCGUCAACGUUAGUGAGUAUCGGGCAAAGGGUAUAGGCUAGAGUUUAAAUGAUUUCGUUCAAUAGAAAUGGAACAUGUAAUAGAUUAGCAACGAUUGUAAUUUAACCUAGCUAAUGGCCGGUUUCCCAAACCGCACACGAAGCCAAGAAUCUCAGCAGGCGCCAUCCAUCCCACUUCCGCCAGUUUUUGAUGAGCACCGGACCAGAACGAACGGUCAGCUCCCGUGGCUCCUCCGUUCAGGAGAUCCCACCGUAACGGUGAGACAGUGAUGUGCAGAAUUUCAGCGUCAUUUUUCGGGUCGAUUUGUCCACGGUAGCGGUUGGCUGGCAGAGUGAGAAGGCCUCCGGAGGUGGGAGAGUCCGGAGUAGGUAGCCAUCAGUGGACGUCUGGAGGUGGUGAGCGGUUGGAGGAUUGUCGGGGUGAGGAGAAGCACUCUGGUGAUUGCGGUGUUUGGGUAUAUUUUGUGGUAGAUUUGUGGUAGGUCAAGCGGUAAUUGAGGUGAGUUGUAAUGGUGGGUGGUUGUAAAAUUAGUGAGCUGUGACGAUCUGUGAUUGUGAUCUUCAGGACUACCCCAUCCUUAAUCACCACACCGCACGGCAGCCGGUAAAGACUAAAUCAGUUAUCAGUAGGAGCAUACUACUCGUCCCUAGUCCCGAGUGACCGUUUGAACGAUUGGAUGGCCUGCCCAUUGCACGCCUGUAUCACGGGACGGGGUCGACCGCUGCGGUGUAACAGCCGGUGAAUUCUAGUAAGCCUAAUGUCUUACGAACCCUUAGUCUGACCCUGAAACGGUACUACCUUUUGGUAUUAGACCAAAAGACCAAAAAUUGGUAUUAAAGCUCUUUUGGUAUUAGACAAAACGAGUCUGUCCAAAGAAGACGUCGGUUUGAACAUUUUCCUUAUUCAAGUUUAUAUUGCCACGUUGCCAGUUUAUAUUUCUUAUCUGUCACUUAUUAUGUGAUGUCCGAACUAUUGGCCGUAAUUACCUAGUUGAACGUUUUUUUUUUUUUACCAACUGUUUAGGAGUUGGAUCGUUCAUCCUAAAAUUUACUGGACCUCAUUGAAAAUUGCUGUUGGAAAAAGGAUGCAAUGAUGCAAUCGCAAUGAUUUACAUAGGUAGGUAUGGGCGGGCACGCUGCUAAUUUUGCUAAUCUUUUUCCCUUUUCAGGUGCUCAAAGGAGUUCAUCGUCCUUUUAUAACGAGCUGUUCUAGAUUGUUCAUCUUAUGCCCACAAAGGUUCAAGAUAGCUUAUAAGAAGUUCUUUAAAAGCACCGAAGAGUAAAACUCUUUGUCAUUUCAAAGCAAUGGCAUCAGAAGCAUGGAGGAACGGCAAGUUAGUGACACCUCUCUUCCUAUUCCUUCUCUUUCAUUUGCAAAUAAGUGUCAUAUCAGCCAAGUGUAGACACGAUUCACACGUCCUCAAAAGCGAUUCUCUCGCUUUACAUUCAUUACAACUUGACACCACCUUUCCCGGAGUUCGUUCUUCCGCUAAAUCUGCAGCUCUACCCGCCCUGACCCAAUCGCCCGAGGGCAUUUCUCGUUGGCGUCGAGCUCUCUCAGGACCCGACCUCAGCGCGGCUGCCUCCGGCGGCGGCUAUGGAGGAUACGGCGGAGGAGGGUACGGCUACAACUCCUGCGAUUGUUCCGGUUAUGACCUGAUCGGGCUGAUCGCCGGUGGCGCCGCCCUAGCGGCGGUCGCCACGUUUCUCAUUAAUCAGCUGAUUAAUGGCGGCGGCGGCCGGGCGCUCGGUUUAAACUGGCUGCCAGAUGGAGUUGUGAAGAUAAUGGCCGAAAUGGUGCCGCAGCCGACCGAGAUGUUUGCCCUGAAGGCGGUCAAUCGGACCUGUGACGUCAUCAGUGAUAUGGAGCGGAGGCAGAUCAGUGUGGUGGAGAACAGGGAAGGAGAGUCCAGAGACGGCGACUGCGAGUGUUUCCCAGGGAUAGCAGGGGCUCUGGCCGGUUUCGCCGCGCUAGGAGCCCUCAUCGCCUUCGCCCUGGCCCAGGUCAUAGCCAAUGGAGGUGGAGGUCGCUCGCUGGAUAGCGAAUAUAACGCAGAGGGCGAGUUUGUUCCCGGUGGAUUGGCGCUGGCGGGCGCCAUGUUGGCGACUCUGGUCUCUGAGGACACCAGCUGUCUGCCCCACCAGCUGUGCCGGCUCAACAGCCGCGCGCAGCGAGCUGGCUACCCCUACAGCUACGUGGUGCGCGUGGCCAGUCUGCCGCUGUCGUGGGUACUGAUGAAGACUACCGGAGAGCCAAUGACGAGUCUCUGCGCUGGUAUGACGUCACUGGCGACCAAUGGACGCAGUUGUGACGUCAGUUUUCCGCGCUGCGCCUUCAGCUAGUGCCUCCACUUUGAUGAUCCAUGAUGUUAUCCUUUGUUACGGAUGCGACGACAUCGCAAAGAACGCAUCGGUGAUAUCUAUAGCUGAGCGGCAUUGCUAUUAACUCAAACUUUUGCUUCGUCUUCGUUUCCCAUAAAGUUGAAAGCAUGGACGAAUGGUUGUUGCCCAUGCUUUUAUUUCUACAAAUGUCGCGUCUUACUAAUUCCGUGCUGACUUGAGACGGGAUCUAAAGACUAACGCUACAUGCAACCGAAUAUUCGCUUAUCGGCAUGUAACCUUGAACUUUAAACGUUUAUGUAUCACAAUUAUUCGAAGUGAUACAUUGGCAUUACCACUUACCAGGUAGCCGUAGCAAAUAUUUUUUUUCGCAGUGCCUUUCCUGAUCGCAUUUUAGAAGCAACCUGUGGCCCUGUAUCGGUAUUAGCGUUGGCAUUAUUUUUCAUUGUGCAGAGUGGAUUGUAACAUGUUACUACGUUUUGAUGCAGAUAUUAGCGUCAUAUUGUUUGUUUGUGUGGGUCUGUUUAUUGCUUUUUUUAUUUCAAAGGCGGUAUUUAUUGCCACGACGUAACGUGACUACCACUGACCUAUUGAGUAUUGACUGUUGUAGUCCCAGUUUAAAUGCUGUAAGAGUGCCCAAAUAAACGUGCAAU